ACUCUUUCACGCUCUUCAUCUUCCGACUAGUCCUUAUUUCAGAGUCCGCUUACAAACUUCUACCACCCUCCUCAGGUUUCGCCAUUUCGCCAUAAGUUUUUUUAAGGUUGGUUAUCGCCUUCUCUUGAUUCCCUUUAUCCUAUCUCCUUAACCUGGAAACAAAUUCUCCCGGUUUUUUGUUUUCUUGGCACGCUACACCAUACUUUACCCCGCGACCCCUCACAUUACAAGCCCCCCUUAAAUUCUCCUCUCAUUCUCCAUCGCUAAAAUUAGCGUGAGUAGUUUUUUUAACCUUUGGCUAGCUAUGGCAAACCACGACAAAGCUGCAUUGAACUUCCCAGCGUUUAUCAAGUAUCAGAGCACCUGGCAAUUCCCUGGUUUCAGGAUGGAGGCUCGUAAGAUCCGUUCGGCCGAGCUUAGAACCCAGGGCUCCAAGCUCGCUCUCCCUGCCAGGGCCGAUUUUCGUGGAACCGUUAAAAUCCACGGGGCCAAUGCCACCUUUGUCUUUCGUAACCACGAGAACCUUGCCGACGUGACUAUUCACUCACGCAACAGAGUCUUGGAUUCGGGGGUUGGGACUGGUGAUAAAAACGGUGUAGCCGAAUUCCUUGCUGGCGUUCCCCUUGAUAGACUAGCGCAGUCCUUUUUCGGAACCGGGAAGGCCAAGUUUAAGACUCUGAUUAUCGCCGGAGAAUUUGCCGGCAAAGAGGUCGACAAGGGAGUUGGCAUUUCCAGAUUGGAAAGAUUCUUUAUGGUGUUCAAUAUAUGUGUUGAUGACCUCUGGCUCUACAUGGGUCGUCUCUCCGGCGUCGCCCUUCCCGAGUAUCGCAUUUUCAACAUCAUAAACUACAAAACCUUCAAGGUAACCAUCAAUUUGAACGCCGGUACUACCGCCGUCGAACGCCAGAUGAUGGAAUACACCAAGGAGGUCGCUAAUGAAUGUCCAGUCGCGAAAGCCCUAGGCGGGAGUGGCGCCGGUGAGGCUAUCGUCUGGACCAUGCUCGUUCCCAUCCGCCAUCACCGCUCUAGAGUGCUUGGGUUCAAGACUAAAUCCGAUAUCUUUUCAGCCACUGCCUACGCCCCCCGUGCCCCCCCGGCCGCACCCAUGACCCGAGAACCCAAUAGCGUCAUGGAUGACUUUGUGAAUUAUGCCCUUGGCCAGCGUAGACUUGAGCAAGGUGUCGAGUACAUGGUGGAAAUGGGCAUCCCGUUGAAGGUCGAAAACGUUAAGAGCUUCGCUAGAUGGGUUACCGAUGAUACCCUCAAGGAGGAGGCCGAGCAAAUGAAGAUUAUGAAAGCCCAUCCCAGCUUGGUUUGUGUUAAGAUUGGGGAUCUAGCUAGAUAUUAGUUCUACAAGAACCUUGAGAAGAUUAUUGUAGAGAGUAAGCAUGGCCAGAUGUAGGGUUACAGAGAUGUCGUUUGUUAUUUCUGUUUGGUAUUUGGGGGAAUCCCCCUUGCAUUUCUUUGCCCUUUUCCCGGAUUUAUUGCUCCAGCAUUCCAUAGGUGUAGCUUUAUUAGGGAAUAAAAACUACCUAUGGGAGUAG